AAGCUGCGGUCACUGAAUAAAAGGAUUAUGGAGUUAAUUUUGAGUACAACCAGCAUCUUAAGUGCAGGAAAUACCGUACCAGUUCAUUAUAUCAAAAUAAGUUUUCUGAACUUUGAGCUAUCUCUUCUCUCCAAAUGUCAGCAAAGUUUUGAAAGAUUUCGUGAAAUGAAUGCACUUCACAACUUUGGAAACAUAAGCUGGUCAGUAUGUCGAACGGCAAGGAUAAGACCUUGGUUGAUUGUGGAAAGAACGAAAGCGAUGUACUACACGUCUGCCUUGCCAGAAACUCACGAAAUGUUACGUCAAACAUGUCGAUAUUUUGCUGAUAAUGAAUUGUCACCUAUAGCAGGGAAGUUGGAUCGCGAGUCACUGUAUCCUAAGGAAAAGGUUCAAAAACUUGGUGAACUUGGACUGAUGGCUAUAACAGUACCCGAAGCCUUGGGUGGAGCUGGAUUAGAUAAUCUUGGAUAUGCUAUAUCCAUGGAAGAGAUAAGCCGAGGCUGCGCUUCAACUGGUGUCAUCAUGAGUGUCAACAAUUCGUUAUACCUUAGUCCAAUAAUGAAAUUUGGCAAUGAAGAACAAAAGGAAAAAUGGAUCAAGCCUUUUGUAACUGGAGAAAAAGUUGGAUGUUUUGCACUUAGUGAGCCAGAUAAUGGCAGUGAUGCUGGUGCUGCCAAGACUACGGCAGUUGAUAAAGGGGAUCAUUGGUUGUUGAAUGGUACUAAAAGCUGGAUAACCAAUGGCUAUGAAUCAGAGGCUGGUGUGGUAUUUGCAACUACAGAUCGAUCGAUGAAACACAAAGGUAUUAGCUGCUUUGUAUUUCCAAAACCAGUUGAUGGAUUAUCUCUUGGUGCAAAAGAACAUAAAUUGGGCAUCAAAGCUUCCUCGACUUGUAAUCUGAUCUUUGAAGAUUGUGUAUUGCCUAAAGAGAACUUACUUGGCAAAUUAGGAAUGGGCUUUAAAAUUGCAAUGAUGACGCUAGAUUGUGGAAGAAUUGGAAUUGCUGCGCAAGCAUUGGGUAUUGCUCAGGCUGCUUUAGAGUGUGCAAUAGACUAUGCUCAAAAAAGGACGGCAUUUAACAAACCAAUAAGUGCAUUACAAGCUAUACAGUUCAAACUUGCUGAUAUGGAAACAAGAAUUCAGAGCUCACGAUUAUUAACAUGGAAAGCGGCUUAUAUGAUGGAUGCUGGUCAAAAUUUCACAAAGGAAGCUGCUAUGGCCAAACUGUCAGCUUCUGAAACAGCAACUUUUGUUGCUCAUCAGUGCAUACAAAUUCUUGGUGGUAUGGGUUAUGUGAAUGACAUGCCAGCAGAGAGACAUUACAGGGAUGCAAGGAUAACAGAGAUAUAUGAAGGGACAAGUGAAGUUCAAAGACUAGUAAUUGCUGGUCGAUUAUUAAAGGAAUAUGAUCAGUGAGUCUGUAGUAGUUAAUCAAGGUUUUCAUGUACUAUUAUAUUCUGCUAUAUCCUGUACAAAACUAAAGUAAUGUGGAAUAUAUAUUGCCAAAACAAAUGAAAUACCAUAGAAAUGUUAAAAUACAGCUGUUUCUAUUCCGUCGCAUAUAAUUUUAAUUUUAGAAAAUAUGUACUUUUUCCAGUGUUCAUUAUUAUUGUAUAUAUCAAAAUUUACAUUAAAAGUAAAUUAGACAUUCAGAA